GGAGAGGCAGGAGAAAAAGAGCAGAGGCCAGAGAGGGAUGACGUGUGGACCAAUCUCAGAAGCUAAGUGGGGGACAAGUCCACCUUGAAAAAUGUGCUAUACUGCGUUCCUGCAUCUGCCACAAUGAAAUACCACUAAUGGUGGCCUAAAACAACAUUCUCUCACAGCUCUAGAGGCCAAAAGUCUGAAAUCCAGGUGUGGGCAGGACCCCAUGCCCUCUGAGGGCCCCAGGAGACGACCCCUCCCUGCCUCGUCCAGCUUCUGGUGGCUGCCAGUGUCCCCUGUGUCCCUUGGCUUACAGACGCUCCGGUCUCUGCCUCCAUCUUCAAGUGGCUAUUGCCCAUCUGUGUGUAUCUGCCCAUCUCCUCACAAGGACACCAGGCAUUGGAUUUAGGGCCCACGCUGCUCUGGGACAACCUCACCUUUACCUGACUACUUCUACAAAGACCCUACUUCCAAAUAAGGUCACAGAUACAGGAGUCAGGACCUCAGCAUGUUUUGGGGGACGCAUUCCCACCCACAACAGGUCCCAAGGGCUAAGUCAACUCCUUGAGCCUACUGAGGCCCGGGGGAGUGUCCCGGGAGGAAUCCGGGCUCCCCGCAGGUACCUUUGUGACCUUGGAUGAGUCACCUGGCCUCUCUGUGUCUCAGUUCCCAGUCUAGAGAGUGGAGACCACAGGCAUUCCUCACGGAAUCGUCUGGAGGACUGCAUUAGGCAGUGACAUCACUGAGAGCUCCAGGCUUGGCUGCGGAGCCAAGUUUGACCCCAAACUCUGGUCCUGGGGAUGUGGCUCCCCUGUCCUGUGCGGACAAGGAGCAGAUGUGGAAGGGAGGGAAGGGAAAGAGGAGGGAGGAGGCGAGACCAGCCGGUCUUAGGGAAGAGCCGCUCUGGCGCGACCAGGAGCUGGGAGGAUGGCUGGCAUGGGUGACUUGUGGGUCUCCGUGGAGGGCCGACCGGGCCACGGGGUCGGCAUAGCAGCCACCGCCCCCGCCACGGAAUAGGAAGGGCCGCGGCGGGCCUAACACCUCCGCCAGUGGAUUGUGCUGUAACCAGCUGACAGCACAGCCCGCCUGGCCUCGGGAAUCAGGGGCCUAGCUGUUAGCAGUCCAGACCCCCAGGCCUCCACCCCGAGGUCUGAGGGGAUCCACCCCUCUCGGACAAGGAUGGGGACCAGGAUGCUUGGUUCUGUAUUGUCCACCUAGAAAGGCAGGGUCAGCACAGCCCGAUCCAAUCCACAGACAGCACCAGGCAGCCCCCCGGGACUGCCCCCCAGCCCUCACCCUUUAAUCCAGGGCUCUGAGAGCGGGAGCCGCUCCAUGGGAGGGGCCCUGCUCACCCUGCUCACCUCCCACCCUGCCACCCCUGUGAAUGAGGGCGGAGCCAGCGUCUGCCUUCCUUGCUUGACCCCUCUGUGCCUCAGUUUCCCCGGGUGUGGCAGGGUGCGGUGGGAGUUCAGCUACACAAAAAGGGCUUGGCAGGACGGCUCAGUGAGCACCGUUUCAUUGAUAGUGCGGUGGCCAUUGUUGGUGCCUCGGAGGUGCUCCUGGCGAUGAGGCAGGAAACGUACCAGAAACACUUACUCAGGGCUUGAACAACCGCUUUGUACACGCAUCAACUAAGAAGCAAAAGGAGCUGAUUGGAAGCCACUUAGCCCUUUUCCCCUUCUGGUGACUGGGGUAUGAGGUCCUGAAGGAAGCCCCCAAGGGGUCUUCGGCUCUUACCUGCCAGACGACACCUCCUCCAGGAAGGUCACCGGUCUGCCACCUUUUGCUCUUAGAAACUUCAGGGGCCAAGGACCUCCCAUCCCACUGCCCCACUGGAGCAGCCCCCAACUCGUCAGCAUCCCCCCCACCUCCUUGGUCAAGAAGUCACCUUUGGGUGCAAAACACCCUCCAUUCGGCACGGUCCGGGCAGCCUCGCAGGUACAGGGGAGGCACCCGGGCCUCUACAGGACGCAGCCGCUCAUCCUCACUCUUGAGUGACUAUUGCAGUCUGCGCUUUUAUUUUAUUUAUUUUUAUUUUUUCAAUGUUUAUUUCUUUUUGAGACAGAGACAGAGCAGGAGCAGGAGAGGGGCAGAGAGAGAGGGAGACACAGAAUCUGAAGCAGGCUCCAGGCUGUCAGCACAGAGUCCAACACGGGGCUCGAACCCAUAAACUGGGAGAUCAUGACCUGAACCGAAGUCAGAUGCUUAACCGGCUGAGCCACCCAGGCGCCCCAGCCGUCUGGGCUUUUAAAAGCCAUCUUUAAAACUUUUGCUCCAGACCUCGAGGCCUCCGUGGGCCUCACUCUGCAUGGGGAGAGUGCCCAUCACCUCCCCACUGAGAGGCUGUCACCAUUUGGGAGGAACAGCCUGCCUGGGCCCCAGCUUUCCUGUCUCUCCAUGAGCUCCCGGGGCAGGUGGGGCACAGGGUGGAUCCCAGGUGGCUGAGCCAGAAGCUUCUAUUCUCAGAAGCUCUCUAUAGUGGCAUUCUGUGGAUGAAGAGGAGAGCUUUGAGUUGGGGUGGCCCUGCCUCUAAUCACAGCAGGAGCUAGCUGCCUUGUUUUCAGAACAGCAGGUACCACAGGGGCAGAAAAAGCACCACAGAAACGGUUCUGUAUCCAAAUCCACCAGCCAUACUGACACUUCUGCUCAAAGCCCAUUUCAAGUCGAGCAACGCAGGUCUGGAAUUCACUCUCUUGACCUAAACACGUUCGAAAGGAGCAGCCCUUUGGGGCUGACAUUUAACCAUGGCAAAUUCUGGUCAAGGGUUUAAGCUUCCAGCUUUUCCCCUCUUGCCUAAUUCUUGCGGCCUCCUAGGAGUAUUGCAAGUCAUGACCCCUGUUUGGGGCAAGUGGAAAGUUACAGAUUCUGGCCAGCCUUUAAAAACCUACCUGCUCCGCCUGGCAGUUCUGUGCUGAGGACAGCACCUGUUUGCCCUGGGUUUCCCCAGGGGAGUGCUGAGGUCAAAUAUUCAUCGUUUCUAUGACACACUACAAUGGGAUGGAGUGAGGGCUGGGACUCUAUCACAAGGCCCUGCUCAGGAGUCCUGCUGACGUCUGGAAGGAGUGUGUCUUGCAGAGAGGAACCGGCAAGUGGUUCCCAGCCCCCUGAUGUGUCGCUGGGUAGAGCGUCGUUGGCACUUGGAGAAGGAAAGGGUUACAUGUGCUUAGGGAGCUGGCUUCUCUGAGGUGAUAUCAGAGGGCGAGGAGGACUUCAAAGGCAGACAAACAGGAAGGAUGCUCUCACGGGAGCAAGAGUGAGACUGAGGCCCAGAGACUUUUGAGGCAGGUGGCAUCUUGGGGGGCAACAGCUUUAUGGGGAUAUAAUUCAUAUACCAUACAUAUGUUUAAAGUAUACAGUUCAGGGGGCGUCUGGGUGGCUCAGUCGGUUAAGCAUCUGACUCUUGGUUUCAGCUCAGGUCAUGAUCUCACGGUUUGUGAGUUUGAGCCCCGAAUCAGGCUCUGCACUGACCGUGUGGAGCCUGCUUCAAUUCUCUCUCCCCCUCUCUCUGCCCUCCCCUUCAGUCUCUCUCUCUCUUUCUCAAAAUAAGUAAACUUUUAAAAAAUAACAAUAAAGUAUACAGUUCAGUGAUUUUAGUAUAUUCCUAGAGUUGUGGAAAACUCACCACAAUCAACUUUAGAACAUCUUAAGCACCCCAAAAAGAAACACUAUACCCACAUUAACUAUCACUCCCCAAUUCCCAAUUCCUGCCCCCUAGCUCCUGGCAACCACUAAGCUACUUUCUGAGACAGAAAGCUAUGUCUCAGAUUUCUAUGAUAGCUGUGAAUUUGCCUAUUCUGAACAUUUCAUAUAAAUGGAAUCAUAUACUGUGUGGCCUUUGUGACUGGCUUAUCUCACUCAGCAUAAUGUUUUCAAGGUUCAUCCAUGUUGUAGCAUAUACCGGUGCUUUAUUCCUUUGUAUGGCUGAAUAACAUUCUGUUGUAUUGGCAGGCAGACCAUAUUGUGUUUAUCAGUUCGUCAGUGGAUGAACAUGUUGGUUAUUUCCACUUUGGGGCAAUGAUGAAUAAUGCUGCUGUGGACAUUUGUGUUCAAGUGUUUGUGUGGGCAUAUGUUUUCGGUUCUCUGAGCACAUACCUAGGAGUGGAAUUGCUGAGUUGCAUGGUGGAGCAGAUGAUAUUUUACCCACUGUGGUGACUAAGUCAUUGUGAUUCUCACUUAACUUGGUGCUGCCUAAAGCACACCAUCUGAGGCACCUCUGAGGAAUGGUAAGAUGCCAGAUCUGAUAGUUUUCCAGAGCUCAGAGAGAUGAAAUAUAUAAGGAAGAAAGGAGUAGAGGGUUUCCACAUCCUCUAGACCAGGUACACAGCACAACCAGAAGCUCUUGAUGAAACACAGCUUCCCAAGCCCAGCCCGAAAGCUGCUGAUUCAGUAGAUCAGGGGGGGACCCAGGCAUCUGUAUUUGUAACAAGCUCCCCUCCCGGGAGGAGCAGAGGCAGGCUUUGCCCCUGCAGCCUCUUUGGCAGGCCUGUGGGCUCCCUGAAGGCCAGGGCCCCGCUCGCUCGUGGAGGGGCUCGGCACUACAGGUUGCCCUUUGAUCUUCUCAGGCCCUGCCCACUCGAGAGGCUCAGGGAGGGCCAAGCAGGCCUGUGGCUUAUGUGGGCAGGUAAGAGACUAAGGCAGAGCUGGGCCUCUGGGUCCUGAGGGCCCCCUGCUGGCCUGUGUAAGUGGUGUCUGUGACCUGCCAGGGCUGCCUUGGCGAAGGCCCCAGCUCCAUCCCUGGUCCAGGUAUCACCCUCAGGGUGUGUCUCCUGCUGCUGUGUCAGGCCUGUGGCCCUGAGGGGGUCAAAAGGGGUACAGUGACCAGUGCAGAGGUGGAGGUAGAGUCUUGCACAUGGGCCUGUACCAACUGCCACCUCCAAAAAGCCCUUCCUUUGGGGCGCUCAGGUGGCUCAGUCGGUUGAGGGUCUGACUCUUGAUUUCAGCUCAGGUCAUGAUCCCAGGGUCUUGGGGUCAAGCCCGACAUUAGGCACUCUGCUGAGUGUGAAGUCUGCUCGAGAUUCUCUCUCUCUGUCUGCCUCUGCCCCUCUCCCCCACUCAUGCUCUCUCUCUCUCUCUCUCUAAAAUAAAAAAUAAAUUUUUAAAAAAUGUACAAAAAGCCCUUCCUUCCUGCUGAGGAUCCUGGGAGUACAUGCCAUUUGUGAUCUGACCGUGUUCUGUGUUCUGCAUUGGACACUGAGAACACUGAGGCCUGCAGACGAGGCCUCUUGCCUGAGGAUGCCCAGCUCAGGAGCAGGGAGGCCAGACAGGAGCAAGGUUUUAUUCUUAACCUCUGUGUCAAAAAGGCAGGGCCGGGGCUGAGAGCGAGUUCAGACACCAUCCAUCGUGAACAUCUUUAGGCGGAUUCAUCUUUGGACAGUCAGCUGGUUGGGAAGGGCCCUGUGGGUCCAAGCCGGGAGAGACAGAGAGGCUUCUCAGGCCACGUCUCUCAUUUUGUCAGCGGAGGCCCAGAGAGGGCAGUCCCCUUGCCUGCGAUCACACAGCAAAUUAACAGCAGAGCCUGAACUAGACCCCGAUCACCUGUCUCCCAUCUAGCUCUUUCUCUGCCCCUUCCUGCAUGGCAAGAAAGACCCCAAAAGGUAGCUUUGGCCAGGGCUCACCUCACAGGGUGAAGGUGGCAUGUUUGGGGUCAGAGGGCAAAGCCAGUCCCUCCUGCCAUGGGGGGGGAGGAAAUCUCCUUGGGUUUCAGGAAACCCCAUGAGCUUUGUUCCAGGAGGAGAGCCUUGCUCCCAAGUCCAUCCUGAACCCAUGAGUAUGGGAAAGAAGGCUGGGGUCAUGGGGAUGGGUGUCCUCAUUCACUCAUGCAUUCACGCAUACAUUCCAGAAGCAUUUACUGAGUGUCUGCUGUGAGCUAAGAACUGUGGAGUGCCAGAACUUCUCAGGUCUCUGGCCCCACGACCCCCAGGCUUCUCUCCUCGGGUCGUCUAGACGGAGAGGUCUUUUCUCCACAUUUCGGGUGAUUCUCCUUCUCCUCGUGCUGGUGGAAGCCCCACUUUGUGGGGCAAGAACCAGAGGCAGCUGGGGGUGGGGGGGCACGGCUGGCUGCCUGUCCCCGUCCCGGCCCAGCGGCUGUCAGCCUGGAGCAGCCAGGGCCAGCCUCCCGGGGAUCGGCCAGGGCGGGCGGCAGAGCAUCCGCGUCAUUAAUAAUGAAUCGCUAGAUGCCUCCUGCUCUUCCCACCGGUCACCUAAUUUACUUGGCGGGGGCGCCCGACGGCCCGUGGUGUGCAGAGCCAGGAGUUGGACUCUGGGAAGCCUGGGGAAACAGCUGCUCCCCUGAACCUCACCCCCGGCAGCCCCCAGGCCACCACCCUGACGGGAGGCGCCCUCCCUUCUCCCCUCUCCCCUGGAGGAGGGCGAUGUCACGCGGAGGUCGGGAGUAACCUGCAGCCCAGCCCUGCCGGACACCGCCGGCCUGGGGACUCUGGCAGCCAGAGCUAGACCAGGGUGAGUGCAGGGGAAGGACCAGUAGAGCCGAGAAGGCUGUGAGCGGAGAAAAAAUGGCACCGCCCCCACCUGGAUUUCCGAGUUCCCUCCGAUAAGGUCUUUCCUCGCAUGCUUCUGGACAUUCGAUUCCCUUCUCUCGGACACUGCACAGGAUUUUUCUCUCGCUGCCUUGGGAAAUCCUCGCUUCCGGAAGGAGCACCUCACAGCUUCCUGGCUUUCUGGGAUAAAGCCUUGUCCUGGGAACAGGAGGACUUCUAGGGGCAGUUGACUGCAGAGCCCAGAAGGAGGGGGACGCAGCCAGGAGCUGGGCCCCAGCCUUGGCAUGCAGGUGUCUUUUGUGUGCUCAGAGCACAGCCUCAAGGGCCGGGGCCCCGAGGAGCGGCUGGGCCGGCCGGCUGCCAGCAGCCCCAGCCUGGGCUCCCGUGGCCGCUUCCGCGCUGUGGCCAUGGUGGCCCGGAGCCUGGGACACCUGUCAAUGCAGAGCCUCCCGUGUGCCGGUGACGCCAGCGUGAAGCAGCCAGGGAUGAAAUAUAGGAACCUGGGCAAGUCGGGCCUGCGGGUCUCCUGCCUGGGGCUCGGAACAUGGGUGACCUUCGGAGGCCAGAUCACCGAUGAGAUAGCAGAGCAGCUGAUGACCUUGGCCUACGACAAUGGCAUCAACCUCUUCGAUACUGCAGAAGUCUACGCGGCGGGCAAGGCUGAAGUGGUAUUAGGAAACAUCAUCAAGAAGAAGGGAUGGAGACGGUCCAGCCUGGUCAUCACCACCAAGAUCUUCUGGGGAGGAAAAGCGGAGACCGAGAGGGGCCUUUCCAGGAAGCACAUAAUAGAAGGUCUGAAAGCCUCACUGGAGCGGCUCCAGUUGGAGUACGUGGAUGUGGUGUUUGCCAACCGCCCGGACCCCAACACGCCCAUGGAAGAGACCGUGCGCGCCAUGACCCACGUCAUUAACCAGGGGAUGGCCAUGUACUGGGGCACGUCACGCUGGAGCUCCAUGGAGAUCAUGGAGGCCUAUUCCGUGGCCCGACAAUUCAACCUGAUCCCGCCCAUCUGCGAGCAGGCCGAGUACCACAUGUUCCAGCGCGAGAAGGUGGAGGUCCAGCUGCCGGAGCUCUUCCACAAGAUAGGAGUGGGCGCCAUGACCUGGUCACCUCUGGCCUGCGGCAUCGUUUCCGGAAAGUACGACAGUGGCAUCCCGCCCUAUUCAAGAGCCUCCUUAAAGGGCUACCAGUGGCUGAAAGACAAGAUCCUGAGCGAGGAGGGCCGGCGCCAGCAGGCCAAGCUGAAGGAGCUGCAGGCCAUAGCUGAGCGCCUGGGCUGCACCCUCCCCCAGCUGGCCAUAGCCUGGUGCCUAAGGAACGAGGGAGUCAGCUCCGUGCUCCUGGGUGCUUCCAGUGCAGACCAGCUAAUGGAGAACAUUGGAGCGAUACAGGUCCUUCCAAAACUGUCGUCUUCCAUUAUCCACGAGAUUGAUAGUAUUUUGGGCAAUAAACCCUACAGCAAAAAGGACUACAGAUCCUAAGAAGCCCCCGGCCGCUUGCCCGGACAGUUUCUGUUUCCCUCCCAGUCUCUCUGUUCGCUCGCUUAAGCUGUUUUGAAGCCAAGUCAGGGGUGUGGUUUGCAUCAAAAAGAAAACAUCACGCGGCACGAGAUGUUGCGGGGAAAAGAUCUCAAAAGUCGCUGCUAAGACACCAUUCGCCGCUUCGCGGGACGGAAUUCUGACCCGUGCUGGGGAGACCACGCUGACUGGGAAGGGUGUUGGCGCGGUCCCGUCCAAGCUCGCCUGCAGCCCUGCUCACCCUCCUGGAAGAGACCACCACGUUUUCUCCCAGCCUCGGCCUUUCCCAGAGACGCCCCGAGUCCAGGCCAGGCCGAGACCCGGUCGGGUGCUGGGGGCAGCAGGGCUGGCCUCUCCUCUGCUGAGCACCCCCACCUGGUGUUGGGGGUGGGAAAGAGGAAACCAGGUCUGGCUCCUCCCGUGGCCCCUCUGCCAGGACACUGGACAUUGGGCAGGGCCUCCCAGGUGGGGCCCUCAACCUCCCUUCUUGCCAAGGGCUCCCAAUACUUUACCAUGGGCCCGACCUCAGAUUCAUUCUGCACCCGCUUCUCCACCACCCCCUGCCCCAGCGGGUCUCCAAGGGGCCUUCCAAGCUGUCCCUCGACCCCCACCCCCACCCUUGCUGGCAGGGGCAGAGAUCCAGGGGGAUUCCUUAUCAGUUUGGGGUCCACAGGAAGUUGGGGGGGGGAGGGUUUCUAACCACGCUCAUCGCCCUGGCAGCUUCCUCCCUGCACACAGUUGACGAUCCCCGUGCCCAGAGCAGCCCUGAGCGUUCGGGAGGGGCCUGAGGAGCAGGCUCCAGCCCAGGUCCCUCCAGGGCCCCACCUACCCUCCUCUCCAGGUGCCCUGCCCACUGCCCCUCUGUCCUUGCCCCAGAAUGCCCUGAGGUCAUGCAUACUUAGCUAGACUGUGGUCGCUGGCUGGCCACAUGCCAGGCGGCCCACCUCUGCUCUGCCUGGGUAGUGGCCUCAGGGUCUGCGGAGAGAACACACUUAGGCCCCUGGGGUUUUCCGUGCUGCAUGCGCAGGGGAGCUGGGGAGGCUGAACAUCCCGCAGAAGCCCCCACGAUCUAGGAAAAGGCCCCAGGAGCCUCCCCCUGGAGCAGUGCCUUCUUCAAGGCCUCAGAUCGGGUCAGGGUGAGGCACCCCACGUUAGGGUGCUAAGUCUAGGUGCCCAGAGCAGGUUACCCGGGCAGACGGACAGCAGUACCAACCCCAGAACCACCACAUGCACCCUGUGAGGAGGUCAGGACGGCUGGAGCCAGUCAUUCCUGGCGAUGCAUCCACCCCCCGCCCCCCAGCCCGGAACAGGACAGAACCGUCAGCCCCCCGGCUGGGAGGAUGAAGGGCACAGGCCUGCAGCCGGGAGUCCUGAGGUACCAGCCUCUGCUGGCUAUUUGGAGGCAGGAGCCCACUCUGUAGGGUGCCUCUGUGUCUCCGGUCCCAGCAGGUAGCAGCUGGCCCCACCUCGACACCCCUCCCCCUCCCCCGCCAACAGUCUCACCUUCACUGCAGCCGGUAUGCCCGGUCCUGCUUCGCCCUGCCAUCCUCAGAGAGCCUCCUGGCCAGCCCUGGCUGGGCUGAGGCCUGAGAAAGCCACAAACUUCCUGACCUUUAUGCUGACCCUGGAGUCUAGAACCUUCCCCCCUCCCAGCCCAGGCCCCUGGGCUCAUCACCAAAUCUAUAAGCUGCACACUGUGGGUGUGGGGAGGGGGUGAGCCUAUCCUGGCAGGGGCCCCUGGCCUGUGGCCACUGCCCACCACCACACGGGAUGCGUGUCUAGCUCCCAAGACAGGCAGGGACCAGGUGCUCUGGGCCAGGCAGCCCCCGUACUGAGGGACCAGAUUGCCCACCCCUCACUGGGGAGAGCUGCUGGGCCCCCUUCACACUGCUGCCCCCCUCAUGGGGAGCCACACCUGGGAAGGCAGUCCCCUGUUGGCCACAUUUGCCAAACGGAGACGAGGGCCCCC